AUGGCAUUUCGUAGAGCACGACCCCCUAAUCAAACAACUUAUAGAUCAGCUACGGAUAAAGAACUCGAGCUAGAGCAAAUUAACCAAGAACUCCAGGAGGUAUUACAAUCAGAGGUAGCUAUCAACAAAUCGAAUGAGAAAUACAUAAAUGAGCUAGAGCGCAAAUAUACCAGAUGUGAGAAUGAAAUUCAAUCCCUCAAUAAAGAACUGGAACGGCUCGAGAAUGCUUCAGAGGAAGAGAAGGCAGAGUUGAGAUUGGAGAUAUCGUCUCUUAAAAAAAGCUUACACCGAGCCACAAAGGAAGUUCGGGAGAUUAAAUCCUAUAACGUUAAUCUGGAACAGCAGUUACAAGAAUGUUAUGAGAUUAUAUCCAGUUUGAAACAGAAAAUCAAAGUUAUCUCAUCCCGUGAAAAUUCACCAAUUCGUGGACAUUCUCCGGACCAAGAUAUAACAUCAGAUAAUAUGGCUCGCACUAGACCAGCUAGAACUAUUGAAGAUUACUUGGCUGAUACUCAAGAUGGUAUACGACAAAUCUUAGCACAAUUUACUCCAACAAAUCGUCUUCGUGCACCCACAGAAAGAAUAGUUGAUAGACUUGAUGGAUACUUGCGUGAUAUUAGACAGCUUACUGGAGAUUCGCGUCAACAAUAUGAUCAACUUAAUAGACGACAUGUUACUCUAGUUCAAGAUCAUGCUCAGCUUACUACACGCCACAAUAACUUGCAACAAAAUGUGAAUAAUAUCAUAAAUGAGCGAGAUUCUCUGUUAGCUCAAACAAAUCUUGAUCAGCAAAAUCUUAACAUAUUAGGCCAGCAAAAUAUUGACUUUCAGAGGCGUCUCUAUCAUAGCGAUUUAUCACUUCGAAUUCUUGAGAAAAAAAGGACCAGAGAUUUGCGUGAAAAAAUUGCAAGCCAUACCUUAAAUCGUUAUCUAACUACUGCUUUGAUAGAAUUAAAACAAAAAUAUAAUCGGCGGGGUGAUACAUGGCGGAAUGCUAGCUUGGCAUGGAAUAGACAAUGCAAGCUCAAGCGGGCUCUUGAAAAAUUAUAUAAGGCAGAAAUUUACCGAUUGCAACGGGAGCUACGGAAUUUCAAAAAUCAAAAGGCUCUUGAUGACAAUAGACAAGAACAGAUUCUUACAGAUUUAGAGAUUGCUGAGGAUGACCUCAAUAUCGAACAGAACCAAAAUAUCGCCAACCAGCAAUUAAUUUUGAAUUUGAAUCAACAAAUUUUUGCGCUUCAGAAUAAUCUACCUAUAAAUAACCAAUAUAGAGGAAUGGCAGGAUACGCACCACCCCUAUUUUAUGGAAAAGCUGGAGAAGAUCCUGAAGAAUGGAUUAGAGAUUUUAGACAAUAUUGUGAAGCAUCUGGACUUGAUCCACUUGCAGACGCUCGAACCAGAGUAAGAAUUCAUGGACUUUUUGAGACUUGUUUAAGAGAUGAUGCAAAAGAUUUUUAUGAAACUCAUCUCAAGAAUAAAAAUUGGGAAUUGCAAAAUAUUAGUGACAAUACAGGCCUUGCAGAUCUUGGUGCUAUCAAUGGGUUGGCCAACAAUAAUGCAUUGCGUGCUAUUAAUGCCAAUCAGUUUAGAGGCGGAGCUCUUCAAAUAAGAAAUACAGUUCCAGCUGACAACAAUGCAAUUGCUACACCAUUGGUGCCGUCACAUAUUGUUUUUGAUGAAGAUUGGUUAAUAGCAGGUGGACAACCAACAGAUUUAGCUCCCAAUGCUCCCAAUGCUAAUGCAGGAGGUAAUACUAUUGCCCCUGGUAUUCGUAUUGGACAAGUAAUAUACUGGCUCAGAACAAAUUAUCCAACGAUUACUGCUGAAAAAUCAAAAGUUGUAUUUAAUAAUAUUACUCAAGGAACUGAUCCUAUAGGCCGAUUCUAUGCACAAUUAAAAAGAAUGGUUGUACUCGCUUAUCCAGCACUCCCAGCAUUAAAUCGGGAAGAAAUGAUUAGACAACAAUUCUUUCAAGGUCUUUCCCCUGACAAUAAAUUAGAAGUAAGACGUAUUGGUCUUGAAAAUCCAAUUUCCACUUUAUUACCAAAAUUAGAACAAAUUGAAAGACAGAAAGCUGAAUUGAUGUUAGGGCAGUACGAUCCCAAUUCUCAUCCAGUCACUUCUCGUUCACGAUCUACAGCUAAUACAAAAGAUCCUUAUAUAACAAGUAACACAGGUAUGACCAAAGACGAAAUGGAAAACUUUGUAAAAUCUAUUAUAGCUUCUACACAAUCUCAACCCAUUUCUCUGCAGACAGCUUCUCAAUUGCAAAAUAGGCAGUUGGUACGGCCCAGUCAAAUGGUGCCAGGUGAAAUUUAUAGAGAUCCAAAUUUGCGGUUAAAUGAUCAAGAAUGGCUUCGAAUGGAUGAAGCGACAAAUCGUCUUAGUGCUCUAGCAGGUCCAUCUACUUUACAAUCAUUAAUAGAUACAAUUACUAAAGGAGUAGUUGAUAAAUUUUCUUCCUUCUUGCCUAAGAAAAAUGGAGGAAAUGCAUCAAAAAAUGUUGAAGUCGACUCGGAUGAAGAACUGGCUAAUCGUAUGAGUAAGUUGUCGAUAAAUAAGGCUAUAUCUAGACAGGUCAAGAAGGAGAUUAAGAAAACAUCCCAACACAGAUGCUCAGGAUGCCAUAGAAUUGGUCAUCGUUCAAAUUCUCCUAAAUGUCCGAAAAAUAAAAAGAAGAGCAGAUCCAGAAAGAAAGUAAAGCGGAAGGGUAGAUCGUCCUCUAAGAAAAUACCUAAAUCUCAUAAGACUAAACAGAAAGGUGUUGCCACCUCUAGUAAGUCUCAAAAUAAAGUGACUACCCUUGAGCAGAAUAUUCGUCGAAUUUUGUUAGAUAUGCUUGAAAAGGUCUUACUCCCACAUCAGUUAGAGAAACUUAAACCCGAAAACAAAAAUUUAGCUAUUCCAGAUUUCACUGCAGAGCAGGGCACUUCGUGCUUAAAUCACCGAGAACCAAUAUCAGAGAUACCCGAAUCAGAUGACGAAGAGGAGACGCUGAACGAUCCUAUGGAGAUUGAUUUUGUCCGUCGAAAAGAACCGGUAAUUAGUAUUGCAACUAUACCAGUUAAAAUCAAACGCUUAAAAAUUCCAGCAUUAGUACUAGAUAGUGGAGCUGAACCUCCAAUUACAUCGGAAGACAUUGUUAAACGUGUAAAUUGGCCAAUUGAUAAAUCAGAAAAAUAUGAUCUUAGUGGAGUUGCUACAGUUCCAACAGAAUCUAUUGGUAUUGCUCGUAAUUUCCCAAUAACAUUUCCUCCAGGUUUUACUAUACGUGAAGAUUUUGUAGUUGUACGUGUUCCUAAACCGACAUUAAUAUUUCCAAAUCCGCUUCUCAAAAAAUAUAAAUGUGCUGUAGACUGGGGUAAUGAUAAAAUGAAGAUUCACCAUAAUGGAGAAGAUUUUAUUAUUCCGGUUACUAUGCAUAAAGUCAAGAAUAAACUUGAAAUAAAUUGCGCUACCACAUCUCAGAAUGAUAAACCUUUGGUAUCCGAUCAAAUUUCUCAAGAGGUCGAUAGUAAUGAGGGGAAUAAUGAACCAUUGGAGGAGGAAUGGCACGCUCCUGCGGGUUUUAGCCUAGAUUCUAAGAAUUCGACUUUAAAAAAAAAACGCAUGAGCUAUGAGGAGUUAGAAAAAUCGCUAUAUACUACUCUCGAGUCUAAAGCUGAAAUAAAUGAUCUUUGUGAAAAGUUGCAAAUGCGUUAUGAAAAGCUACUCUCACAAACGGGGCAAAUGCAAGGUGCUAAUAUGGCUAAUGUAUAUACAUUACAAAAUAUUAAAGGCCAUCGACUUGGUAGUAUACGUGAAGAGGAGCUAGAAAAAAUACUACAUGAUACUAUCAAAUCCAAAGCUGAAAUUAAUAAGCUUAGUGAGAAAUUGCAGGAUAAAUACAUAAAGCAAAUAAAGGCGUUUGAUCGAGAAAGAAAGGGGUGGAAUCGGGAUUCGUUACGAAAUAAUACUGAGAUUCAAAAGUUACGCACCCAUGCUUUGCAGGUUAUUAACGAGCAUAAGCAACUACAAAAUGAAAAUACUAACCUUAUUUCUCACAACGCACAAAAGAAUAUUUUUAUUGCUGAAACCAAGGCCGAGAAUGUUACAAAAUCCAAGAAAAUUAGAUCGCUCGAGUCUAUGAUCAAGAUAUUGGAAGGUAAGUUGUCUUCAGCCCAGAAAGAUGUGAUUUCGAUUCAAAAUGACUCAUCGAAAAAAGAAACCGAGAUCACGUCGCUUAAAUCUAAAAUAGCUGAAGUAGAACAUGAGUUAGCUUCAAAAGUCAGUGAACUUGAGUGUCUGAAAUCGGAGGCUAUAUCAAACCCCAUACUUGGUAGAAACGAUGAAAAAAAUAUGACCAAGUCUGUCUCACGGAGUGAGGAUGCUAUCGCAUCUGAUAUAUCUGCAGUAUUGCAAAGCAGACCGUUAGGCGAUGAAUCAGAGAUUCGAGGCUAUGCCUCAUCCAGUAAAGAUCUCAGUCAAUAUUUUCUACGCAGAAAAAAUGAUACCGAGAUUAUUCCCAAGGUAAGUGACGAAAUCGAUAUUAGCAAAACUAACAACAACAUACUUCAAGAAAUACCAAACAUGACUCCUUACCUUGCACAGCCAGAAAAUAAUACAUCCUCUUUGAUUGAACCACAUUCUCAAAUCCCGAUAGGAGGAAUAGGAGCCAUCCCUGCUGUGGCAAGCACUUUAAUGUCACGGCUAUCAGCAUAUAUUUUUCUUGUUCUGCUAAUUAUUGCGGUUGUGUGGUUUGUGAGACGCACAUGGGGAUUUGAGAGGAAAAGUGAGCGGUUACGGGAUAUGUGGAUCGGGUAA